CGAGAGCGAUUGUACGCCAGCGCAGCCACUGCUGUAGUACACGGCCGGCCUGGAUCCAGCGUUGGUUGCUAAUUGACAAGCCCUUUUGAUCUACAUGUACUCUUCACACAACACUUUGAAUCCCAUCAAAGGUCGGCUUAGCAAGAGUAGAUAAAGAAUGGCUACUUCAUUCUUCGAAAGCGUGACUGCCUCAACAAAAAUUUGAGAAUUGAUGGGUGUGCAUUGCAGCAAAAAAGGAGUCAGAGUAGCCUCGACUCCACCUCACAGUGAAGUUUCUGCAACACCUUCGCCCGAACUGAUUCCUGAAACUGAACCUCUAACACCUUCCGAAUCCUCAGACUCGAUGACGGAAAAUCCGUUGACAGAGUCUUCUUUCGAAUACAAGUCCCCUCCAAGGCAGACUAGGACAGUGUGGAGCUCCUUCAAACGUAACCCUGGAUCCUCUUCUCCAAAGCGCAGUCGAAGCCUCAGGGUAAAGAAGACUCAUGAUGUUGUGACAUCAGAUACAUUAGAUGUCCAACCCAAUAAGGAAGUGGUGACCCUCGAUAGGCUAGGAGAUGAGGUAGAUACAUGUAGCUCUUUUCGUGGUAGUUUUAGAUCGUCAAAACGUAGUGGAAAAUUUAAGAGAAUGUCAACCAAACCAGGAUCCCCCGAGUGUUCGUCUCCUCCCCCAACAGGGAAUGGUACACGGAUGGAGAGUACCGUCACCCUGGCCAAGGAUGUGAUACAACAGCUGAAGCAGGAUAACACAGAUAAAGUAGUAGAAGCAACCCAACAGCUCUAUAGAAUGGUAGAUGAUGCCUGGAGUACCCCAAAGUAUGGUCGUGACCUGGCUUAUAGCAUCAGCGAUGCAUUGCGAAUAGAAGGGGGAUUAGAUAUCCUCCUCAAAAAUUGUAAAUCAGAUGACAGGGCCUUGCAGCUUAAUUCAGCAAGGCUACUAGAGCAGAUAAUGACAGCAAAUAACCGUGACUUUGUAGUUAGGAAAGGCCUAGAAUCUGUUGUAAAAUUAGCAUGUUCCAGAAAAGAACCUACUCUUCUUCAGAUAGGAAUGGGUAUCUUGGAGAAUCUUUUCAAGCAUUCAGAAGACACCUGCACAAAAGUAAUUGACCGCGGUGGACUGCAGGCUGUUCUCUAUAGCUGCCGAAUGAGUGACAACAUCACUCUCCGUCACUGUGCUGCUGCACUAGCUAAUUGUGCCAUGUAUGGUGGCUCUGCCAACCAGCAGCGUAUGAUUGAAUUCCGCACUUCAGAGUGGCUCUUCCCGCUGGCUUUCAACUCCGACAACAGCAUCCGUUACUAUGCCUGCCUGGCUAUUGCGGUCCUGGCAUCCAAUCAGGCCAUAGAACGACAGGUUGUCAGCUCUGGAACUCUGGACCUUGUGGAACCAUUUGUGACCACCCAUGAUCCUGGUGAAUUUGCAAGGAGUGAUAAGGCCCAUGCUCAGGGUAGAUCAGAGGGAUGGCUUACUAGGCUCAUGCCUCUUCUAGAAUGUAGUAGGAGGGAGGCAAAGUGUCUCGCUGCAUUCCACUUUGCAAUGGAGGCAAUUAUUAAGAAAGAUCAAGGAAGAACUAAGGUAUUCCAAGAUAUCAAUGUGAUAGCAUCAUUACGUCAGGUAGCAAGCAGUAACAAUGAGAUUGCUUCCAAGCUAGCCAUCCAGGCCCUUCGCACUAUUGGUGAAGAAAUCCCGUCCAAAUUAUCCUUCAAUAUAUCAUGCUGGAGUGUGAAGGAAGUUCAGAUGUGGGUCAAAAGCAUAGGUUUUGCCAAUUUCGGUUUUGGAUUUGAAAACCACAAAGUAGAUGGAGACCUACUGCUGACUAUAACUGAGACCGAAUUAAUGAGAGAUAUUGAGAUGGAGAGCAGUCUACUCAGAAGAAGAUUUCUUCGGGAGUUAGGCCAACUAAAAAGCAACUCCAACAGUGGUGACAAGGAACUCUACGACUGGCUGAAGACGCUGGGUCCAGAAUAUCCCCAGUAUACUCACAAUCUGAUGCACUGCGGUAUUGACAUUCAACUCUUACCUUUUGUUACUGAUCAGCACCUAAAAGACGAUGGGGGAAUCACCAAUGGUGUCCAUCGUAUGAAAAUACUCAAGGCUAUACACCCAUGGGCUUUCAAUCCAUAUACCUUCCCCGGUGCACCUGCUAGGAUGAAAAAUAAAGGAAUUACUAGUUUUCAAGGACUUGAUAUCUACCCCAAGGUAUUUGACAGUCCUCAGAAUGAAGAAAAGCAGUUGACUGAGUCAGGUGAUUCUAAGAACCAACCAAGAAAGAGUUUGGAUGUCUUCAUCAGCUACCGGCGAUCUACUGGUUCUCUGUUAGCAAGCUUGCUAAAGGUACACUUGCAGUUACGCGGUUUCACAGUCUUCAUUGAUGUGGAGAAGCUGGAGGCAGGCAAAUUUGACAACAAUCUACUCAACAGUGUGAAAAGUGCUAAGAGUUUUGUGAUGGUCCUCUCUUCUGGCUCUCUAGAUAGGUGCAUGGGAGACAAAGAUCACAAGGACUGGGUCCAUCGGGAGAUAGUGACAGCCAUAGAGUGUAAAUGCAAUAUCGUACCGGUCAUCGAUAACUUCAAAUGGCCUAAGCCUGAUGACUUACCUGAAGACAUGCGUGGUAUCUGUUUCUUCAAUGGAAUCAAGUGGAUCCACGAUUAUCAGGAUGCCUGCAUUGACAAGUUGGAAAGGUUCUUGAAGGGAGAAGAAAACAUGGAAAAAUAUAUUGACAACGAGAUCAUGGCAGUCAGGCAGAUGAUAGCUGGUCAUGGGUUACGAACCAGCAGUGGUGGCAGUAGUGUAUCUUAGCAACGGUAUGAACUCCGGGUGCAGGAUUCACAGUGUUUAAAGUAGAAUAGAUUCCCCUUGUCUUGUGAUAGACUCAUGGGUAGAAUAAUUUGCAUAAUGGACAGUGCUGAUGUUAUAUGUGUAAAACUUUGAACUAUGGAGAUCUUUAUGAAGCACUGUAUAAAAUCUAGAAUAUUGAUGAAUACUCGGUAGUGCAUGAUACCGGGUCUUCAGUGCUGAUCUAAUUUGCCAAUGUGAAUGAUAUAUACACUGCAGUACUAGCAAGAAAUGUGUACCAAUUGCAUAUUGAGCUCAUGUAGAGUGCUAAUAUAAUUUACUCUUCAGUACUGAUGUAAUUAAUGAUUCAUCCAUCAUGAUAUGUUCCAUAGUUAUAUACUGAUGUAAUUUACCGUAAUACAAUUCACAGUUGGAUUCUAAUUUAGUUCACCUCUUUUGGGAAAUUUCACAUGUUACUGUGAUACUAAUAUGGGACUGUAAAAUUCACAGAUUACUGCUUAUGAAGUUUACAUAUUGUGAUGUAUUUCAACCAUUGUGAUAAAAUUCACAUGUUAGUUCUGAUGUAGUUUACCCAUUGGGAUAAAAUUCACAGUUCAGUUCUGAUGAAGUUUAUCCAUUGUCGUAUAGUUCCCAGUUCAAUACUGAUGUAGUUUACCCUAUUCACACAUCCUCAGUACUGAUGUAAAUAAUAAUAUUGAAAAGUUUGUACUGAUGUAGUUUACUCAUUGUGAUAGGACUUGCACUUCAGUACUGACAUAGUUUACUGAUAGUUAUAAAUAUUCACACUUCAUUACUGAUGUAGUUAACUGAUAGUUAUAAAUAUUCACACGUCAGUACUGAUGUAGUUUAUUUAUCGCUAUAAAUUCACAUUUCAGUACUGAUGUAGUUUACGCGUUGUUAUAAAAUUCACACAUCAGUACUGAUGUAGUUAACGCAUUGUUAUAAAAUUCACACUUCAGUACUGAUGUAGUUUACUGAUAGUUAUAAAAUGCACAUCUCUGUACUGAUGAAGUUUACCCAUUACAAUAGAGUUCACAGUUAAGUACUGAUGCAGUUUACUUAUUGCCGUUCUGUAGUAUUGACAAUUUAGUACAGAUGUAGAUUAUCUAUUGUGAUAGAAUUCAGGUAUAAUUACUGAUAUCAUCCACUCACUGGAGAUCCUAUUGGUAAAAGCUAAGUUAAAAAGAUUCAGAGGACUCUACC